AUGAACAAGCCGGAGGGGAACCGCUCAGACGGUGUUCGCGAGUAUGGGUCUUCCCCCCCGUGGCUUGCAUCCGAGGGGAGGACGAGGCUCCUAAUCGGGACACCGUGGGCAAGCAUAGUUGUUACCGCAGUAGUCGUGGGUGCCGAAGUCGACCGCCUUGCAGCAAAACGUGCAGCAUUGGUUGACGAGAGGUUGAUCCUCCUUGACGCACAUGGUGACGGACAGGUAGCCGAAAGAGGCUUAGAGUAG